GCUGCCCGAGACCGUGCCUUGGAGAGCGGGAGCCAGGCGCUGAUUCACGGAGCCACCGAGACCCUCCCAGGAGCCACAGGUGACAUGGAGGAGCCAUCCAGGGAAUACCGGCAGAUCCCUCGGGGCAGCAAAGCUUGCCGCCGGCUCUUCGGCCCCGUGGACAGUGAGCAGCUGCGGCGAGACUGUGACGCGCUGAUGGCCGGCUGCGUGCAGGAGGCCCGGGAGCGAUGGAACUUCGACUUCAUCACUGAGACGCCGCUGGAGGGCGACUUUGCCUGGGAGCGUGUGUGGGGCCUGGGCCUGCCCAAGCUCUACCUGCCUACGGGGUCCCGGGGGGGCCAGGAUGACCUGGGAGGGGGCAAGUGGCCCAGCCCUUCGUCUGGCCUGCUUCAGGGGAUGGCUCAGGAGGACCAUCUGGACCUGUCGCUCUCCUGCACCCUCAUGCCUCACUCCCCUGAGCGGCCAGAGGGAUCCCCAGGGGCGCCUGGCACCUCUCAGGGCCGGAAACGGCGGCAGACCAGCAUGACAGAUUUCUAUCACUCCAAACGCCGGCUGAUCUUCUCCAAGAGGAAGCCCUAAUCCGUUCACUGGAAGCCUCAAGCUCCUAGAUACGAGAGUUCCUUUCCGGCCCCCUCCCCAUAACCCCCCUACCCUCCCCUUCUACACCUUUUGCCUUUAGCCCUUCAGUUUGUGCGUCUUAAUUAUUAUUUGUGUUUUAAUUUAAACUCCUCCUCUUGUAUAUAUCCUGCUUGCCACCACCAUCCCCCAAUGCCUCCCCAGCCUUUGGCAUUUAGAAUUAUUUAAAAAACCAUUAGACAACAGAAUGAUAGGCUUAUUAGAGUGCUAGGUAUUUAAGAUGUCUUCACCUUAUGGGGAAUGAAGAUGUCUUCAUCCCCAUUUGCGUGCUCCCAGAGGACAGGUGGGGCUGGCCUGACCCUCCCCUGCUGGGUGGUGCUCUCCUGAGGAGCCCGCUGCCUCUGCUCACCGCCUCAUAGGUGUUAUAAAAUCCCACCCCUUUCCUGUAUUCCCAAACCUUAUAAAAUUCUUUAUAAUUUGAGAAGUAAAUAGCACUUUGAAGGGGGCUCCACAGGAUGGGAGCAUCAUCAAAACUUUGAAGUCCCCUCACCUUCUCUAAGGUAGGACAGGGUGACCAUGAAGUGGGCACAGCCUGGAACAUGGCUGGGGACAUGGCACUCUCCUCGCCUUUGAUGCCCCACUCUGUCCUGUGAAGGCCUGGGAGAAGGUAGGGUCCUGUAGCAAACCACCCCACCUCCCCUUACCCCUCUGUCACCACAGGGGAGCCAGUCUCAGCAUUUGGCCUCCCCUGCACUUUUCUAGAAGCCCCAGGUGCCUCUCUUUUCCAGCUGGGCUUUCAGGUCCCUCUCUGCCCCACCCCCCCAUACCCUUUCCCUCUAGUACCUUCUCAGCCCUGGGUGGCAGCUCUGGGGUGCCUAUCCCCCCAGCUCAGUGGACUGGGAGGAGAAGGGGUAUGCUAGAAGGGGGGUCCCUAGUUCUACCUCAAGCAGCUCAAGUGGCGAUCAUCUCCUCCUCUUGCCUUCGGGGCAGAGGUCUGGGGUGGUCGGACAGGCCUUCUUGAGUGGGGAUCUCUCUGUCAGGGGCAUGUUGUUGGGGGGAGCAGAAUUUUCUAGGAAGGCAAGGGUGACGCUGGCCCCUGGAACUCACCCAAGGACUUUUCCCACUGCCCCCCUUCCUUCCCCCAUUUCAUUGCACUUUGAAUAGCAGCUGAACAAGGAGUCAGAAGUUUUAAGACGGUGGGGGUAGAGGCUGUGGAUAGGGCUUGCUGAGUGGGCUCAGAUGGAACUGGGAGCUGUGAGCUGUUGUCUUUCUUGGCACAGAGCCAGGAGCCCCUGGAGGCCCCAAAGCACUUAAUCUGACCCCAAACACCUUAAGCUCCCAAACAUCCUGGCUUGGACUGUUUCCUCCUAGCCCCUCAUGUGUCCUGGUUCUCCUGUCUCCAUCUAGACUGUAAGCCUCUGAAGGGCAGGAACAAGUCCUGUACUGCUCUGUGUCCCUCACAGCCUCUCCCACAGUGCUGGUAUACAGCAGGUGCUAAAUAAAUAUUUCUUAGUGA